CAAAGCUGGCAGAUGUAUAUUGUUUUUUCCAAAGCCUAACUUGUAGAUAUGCUUGAUUUUCAGAUGACUGUUAUGAAGCCAAAUACAUUUUCAAGGAUAUAGAAACUGGUAUAGUUCCUAAGUGUAGAAAAGUUGGAUCACGUUUGCAUGUUACAAGACAGGACCAUAUGGAAUGGCUAAUGGCAGCAUGUAUACUGAGUAGCAAUGUGGUAAUGUUUAAUCAAAAUGAUAAGAAAGCUUCAAUGUACAGAUGUGAAUCAAAUAAAGAUGGAACUGAUUGGAAUUAUGGAUGGCAAAAGAAUUUAAGCGCGCCACAUAGUCUCUUAUUUGCCUAUGUCCUACCACAUCCAUCUACACCAAAAUGUCAUAACUCAUAUUUAAUAAGGGUGACAUGGUAUCCCUCUGUGAAUAUUCAUGACUAUUGUCCUAAUAAUAUAAUAAUAAAUAAGCCAGUGAAUGAUGUUGAGACAUGUAUCACAAUAGGAUGUGAUAAACAAGCAGAUAUUUUAGAGUUUACAGACAAUAGAAUGUGUAGAAUAAUGUUUAAUUGUAAGUCUGAGUUUUACAAUAAAUGGAUACGCUAUUUUCCAAACAAAGGACCGAUAGCAUACUCCUUGCCAGGGAGACAUUGGCAUGAAAUU